GUCAGCCAAUCCCGGGACGACCUUGGCAACGGGCUGCGCCGAAGCAGCGGCGGUUUUGUUGCCUGGCGCGGCGGGACGUUGCUUCGCGGUGAGGGCGGCCCGCCGGUUACCGCGGGCAGUGCCGGCGAGCGGCGGGGCUUCGCCUCCGCUCUUGUUGACUUCAGAGGCCAUUCGGCUCCUCCGCAGAUUCCACCACUCACCGACACACAAGAGGCAAUUUACAGUGUCCAAUUAACUAUACCAACCCACAUAUCUUUGGAACCUGAGACUAAGCUGGAACACCCAGAAGAGACUUGCGGUCCCGGGAAGAAAAUGCAAACUCCACACAGAUGGCACCCACCAGAGAUCAGGAUUGAAUCCGAGUCACUGGAGCUGUGAGGCAGCAACUCUGCCAGCUGUGCCACUGAAAUAUGCAGUGGUCUGAAUUUUGCAAUUAAAAUAUUGACAAGACUGUUGGAUCAUUGACUUUACCUCGCAUAACUGCAACGUAUUUGGAUCAGCAUAUGACUCUGGAAGCUGCUAUAAGCAGUUUGUCUCGGGAGCCAUCUGUGCUCCAACAAAGGUUUAUUGUGGGAAUGGAAAAUUGCAGAAUUUCUAAGCUCCUGUGGUAGCUGAUGCAUUGAGUGCUACUCCAUUCGUUUCAUUUAUGGGAAUGGCUUUGUGAAAAAAAGAUGGAACAGUCGCAGAUGGAAGAUCUGAGAAGAAGCCAUAACUUCAGUGAUGAGGACCUGCAUAUACUUCUCAAUGAAGUGGAGUUACGGCGUCAUCGGCUUUUGGGGAAUGGGAAGAGCAGGGCUCCCCGGAGAGUUAGCAUGUUUGCAUGGAAGGAGGUGGCAGAGGUUGUGAGCAGAAAUUCCACUGUGCCUCGUAGUGCAGAGCAAUGUCGCAAGAAACUGAACGACUUAUCACGUGCUGCUCGGAGUAAGCUGAUCCACAAUAAACGUUCAAAGAAUGAAGGAACUAUGGUCUGUCUAAAGAAGUUGACUGAGUAUGAAGAAAGAGCCACUCAGUUGCUGUUAAUCAAUGUCAGUCCAGUGUCUGGUGCCCAGUCAAACAUUGGGGAUAAGGGAGAUGAACCAUUGGAUCUGCAGAGUAUAGACCUCGCUGCAGAAGCUGACGGGAGAGGCAUGAAUGUUACUAUGGUGGAAUGCGAGCCAGAGGAGAAUGAAUGUGACCAGCAUUUGGAAGGAGAGGAGGAGGAGAAUGGGCAUACUGACUGUGAGGGCAGACAAAGUGGUGCUGCCACUCCUACACCUGUGCUGUGCCUGGAGGCCACCGAUCUUAGGUCACUUGACCACAACGAGCCUCAACUGAAUGUGUCUCCAUCACCCAGCCAAUCUAGCUCUGGCAGCCGCCAUGCUGAGACUAUGGGACCAGUAGGCCAAGAUGUGUCAGGUGGGUCUGGCCAAAGGGGGAGGGGAGAACCUGCUAUAAUUGCAGUAGAAGCUCCCCAGCCACCAGUAAGACGAAGGAAACGUCAUCGUCAUGUGGAUAUUAACUUGGAGGAUAAUUUGCUUUCUGCAGAUGUGAAGCAGUUAAUCGUGGAGCAAAAUAACAGGCACCUUGAAUGCCUUUCUUCCAUAAGACAAGAAAUUAAGGACUCCUGCAUAAUGCUUUGUAAUCAACUGGCCACCAAUAAUCAGGCUACUAACCAUCAUUUGGCCCUUAUCAAUGAGAGUAUUUCUAAACUCACUGCCCUUGCUAAGCAUGUAUCUGCCAAUACAAAUCAGACCAUUAGAGAUAAUGAAAGUAGUCUUAGGCAUUCGCCUCCACCAGCUCUUAUUGUUCAUACAGUAGAUCCAGCAGUAAUGCAAGUAACCCCCCUAAAAACACACCCCUCCCCAACUCUUGCUUCCUCCAGUCUAGAUAGACGGGAGCCAGCAGCUACACCUGUAAAACACACUUUUAAGCAGGAGCCUCAAAGCUCUGAGUUUCCUACUGAUGUUCGCAGCAAUCAUGGCAUUGUGAUAAGUGAAGUCAAAUCUCUCAGAAGUGGAAGGUCAUGGGCCAGGAGACAGUAGGGUACCAUCUGUAGAUUGCACUUCUUGAGUCAUAUUUUGGACCACCCUUUGAUGAAGGAAGGUUAUUUUUUUUGGUCUAUUUUUCAAUUUCUGGUGUUGUGAUCUGCCAGUUAGUAUUUUUACUGGUUCUAUUACUGCUAUUCUUAGAUUGCCAAGGCACUUUCACUGUUUACGUCAUGAACAUCAUCGAUUUUAACUGUUGCAAAUGCAUACAAAUUAACAAGUAGCUAAGUAUUUGUAUUUUUAGGUUUAUCGAUUUAAAAAAAAAUUAUGCAUGUAAAAUUUUUCAAUAACUUCCUCAAACAUAUUGUUAUGAGUAUGUUCUGUUUCAAUAAA